AAUGCAUAAAAAAUAACAUGCAUAAAUGAAAACUACUACUACUAAAAACAAAAAAAUAAAUAAAAGCAUAACAAAUAAAAUAAUUCUGAACCUCAUUAGAAUAUAUAUAUAUGACAUGAAAAAAAAGAAAAAAAAUAUUAGUUAUUUUAGUUUCACGUUAUUUUUCCACAACCUGGUAUCAGCAAUUAGGGAGAAAUACAGCUUUUAAGCUCAUUAAUCUUGUUGCAAAAUACUAUACAAUAUGUUAGUAAAAUUUAUAUAAAAAAAACAUAUUUCUAUUUUAAAUGUAUCAUGUAAUGUCACCAAACACUGACUAUUGUGAUAUAAUAACUUAGAGAUUGGGUAGUUGGUUUCCAAUCACUGUUUUUGAACUGCUAAUUUUAGCUGGAUUUUGUCAUAUGUUCACUUAAAGAACUAAAACAUUAAUAGAAUUUAUUUUCUAAUUUCUGAAUUUUUUAAGUCAAAAUGUCUCAACAAUAACAACAAUAGUAUUGAUUUCUAAAAUAAGACCCAACUUUACACAGAUGUCCUUUUCUACAUCACUGAAUAUAUACAGAUAAAACAAAGCUCACCAGGUUAUAUGGCAGAGGUAUUUAUGUAGAUACACCCCAACUAAAACAAUUUCUAGCAUAAUUAAUUUAUUCUUUUACUACACAUGUUAUAGAUCGCAGCCUUAAUUCUUUUUUAUUUUGUACGCUUGACAAUUUUAGUCAAUAUCAGCUGUGACCAGCUUAAUAUUUAAGACAAAAUUUUUUUAAUGCUUAUUAUGUAUUUAAAUCAUUUAUUAGUUUAUUGAAACUUCAGGAAAAUCCCCAAAAAUGCAAAUAUUGUGGAAAAAAGUUCAAUAUUUUUCUUACUGAUUUCAGAAACCUAAACUCAUAUAUUAUACAGAUAUACAUUAAGAUAAUGAAAACCCCAAAGAUCAACACAAAAGGAUAGUUUCAACAGAAAUGUCAGGCUUUUGAAAAGUUUGUUCAUUUGUCUACAUUCAACAUUGUGCUGGGAAUCCUUUUGUAUGAAUGACUGCAUCAUUGGGGUGUGGAACGGAGCGGAUCAACCUGUGGUACUGCGUCUGCGUAAUGGAAGCCCAGCUUGCUUUGAUAGCGCCCUUCGGUUCAUCUGCAUUGUUGCUCUAAUAUCUUCCAUCUUCUUCUUGACAACAGCAUAUAAAUUUUCUACAGGGUUCAGGUCAGGCGGGUUGACUGUCCAUUCAAGCACAGUAACACCAUGGUCAGUAAACUAGCUUUUGGUACCUUUAGCAGUGAGGGCAGGUGCCGAGUUCUGCUGGCUUGGAAGAAAGUAAAAAACUGUGUCAUGUGGUCACAUUGUUUAGUCCUAGUUAGAAUUCAGAAGGACGCAGUUAGCAUUCAGACAGAUCCAGUCCAAUUUACAGUUAUGGCCGUCCACACAAAAACAGAUAAAGACAACCUAAUAUUAAUUGCCAUUGUCACACCUGAUAAUGAAAGAUAAUUAUUAUUAAAGAUAAUUAUUGUCUUUUGGAGCCUGUUAAACAGUGAUGUCUGAUUAUGUUAGAUAUACUGAACCAGGGAGUACUCUACAAUAUAUCAGAAUGGACUCAAACACCAAGACUUGAGAAAUAUGCACAGAUUUAAAAGUCAAAAGCCUAUUUUCCUGAUGUUUCACAUUUUUACAAUUUCAUUUUCCCCCAGGACUUGUUAAGCUCCGUUCUGCCACAGCCAUCCAUCCACCCAUUAUCCAACACCCUUCUCCAUUGUGGGGUUGUGAAGGGUGCUGAUACCUGUCUCCAGCUUUCAACGGAGGGUACACGCUGAACAGGUCGCCAGUCCAUCACUUCUUUAAUUGCCUAGUCUAAUUAUCUCAUUAUCUUAAAAUCAAGUUCCAAGGUGCUAAUUUCUGUUUAUUUAUAUGCCAUUUCUAUUACAAUCUGCAACGUUUAGCCCUUACGGAAGUGUAUUAUCGUUAUCUUGCUCAAUAAAAUGCCUGCAUUACUUUAACAGAUCUGUAUAUCUAUUAUUUGCUUCGUCUGUAGAGUGUUAGCAGUGGUGGAAUUUUAAUGAAGCAUCUCUCAGAAGACAAUUUGUCUCCUAACCACACUCAGCUGCUGAUAUCCUGUUGUACAACUAAUUCAUGGCACUAAAUUAAGAAUGAAUGCUAAGACUUUAUUUGCUUGUGUAUCUAACUCCAUGUUAAUACACACAUAGGCACCCUGUUUCUAUCUGGUUUAUAGGCUCCUCUUCACAUUCUGGACUUCUUGGCUCAACUGUAUACAGUAGGGAAUGUUACUGGAAACCACAUUGUAAACCUGAUCACAUUUACACAGGAACAGCCUCAGGAUAUCUGAGAAACAACCCACAUCCCACUCAAGUCUGUUUUUAGACUGUGCUAGCCUGAGUAUUAAAUAUCUGAAUGGUCCUUAUUUACAUAGCCUUUAAAAUAAGCAGUUUUUCCCCAGGGUAACUUUGGAAUGGAGGUUGCCAAAGGGAUGCUCCACACUGUUCUGCAGUCUUUCCUCGGAAAUAUCUCACAUCUGACUGGGAGAUACACAUGACAUAAUGACAACAAAAUAACAAGAUGAAAAGCUUGCACCUCUGCACAACAGGCUUCACAAACAGGCAACUCUUCCUACUGACUCUGAAAUGACAGCCAAUUACUGGCUGCCAAAGGGAAAACCUGAACUUUUGGCAAAAUAUAUUCCAGAACAGCAGCACAUAUUAUAGAGUUAUCUGCCAUGGUUCUUAAUAGUUAUUCAAAGACAUGUCCACAUUCAGUAGACAACCUAUGACACGUUUAACGGAAAGAGAGUCAACUAUCCUGCACUUGUUACCCGAUGAAGGCUAGCACUGCAAGUAGUUUAACAAGUUAAUUGUAAAAGAUUUUAGGUCACAACAGCUUUAAAUAUUUUUGGCAAGAAUGCAACUGGAGAAAACCACCCGCCCUUCAUCAGCUUUAGGAAGAUUGGAAAGCAUACAUAUGAUGAGCAUCUUCUCUGAACUGGGAAGUACAAAGCAGGGGAUCAGGAUAAGGGAAACACCAGCAUGGCUGGAGCGAGAGCUGCUGAAACAGAACAAUAGAAGACACUCAAUAGAAGAAUCUAAAAUCAGGAGACAACUGCAGCACUGUGCAUUUUCAACACAUCACUUUGAGAUCAAUGAAAAGAUAUCGUUAGAUGAACUCCAGGAACUGAAACUGUCCUUUGAGGAAUCUGAUGUGAGUGGGGCAGGGUACACUGAUGCAAAGAAUUUUGGACAUAUACUGAAAAAGUGCUUGGAUGUUUCUGACAUGAGCAAUGAAGAGAUAUAUAGUUUGUUCAAAAAGAUUGAUUACUCUGAUCAAGGAAGGAUUUCAUGGAUGGAGUUCUCCACCUAUCUGCUCCAGCAGUACGAAGCAAAGAUGGAAACUGUGAGACGCAGGAAGCAGGUGGCCUUUCAUUUGCCAGCCAUCAUGAACGAUGGCGGACAUGGCGUUCCUGUAGUCAACAUCCACUCCACCCACGAUGGCGGCGUGUUAACAAUGAGAGAAGAUGGAUUCAUUUGUCAGUGGAGUCCUGACCUUAAACCUCAGAGGACCAAGCACAUGUUUAGUCAGGGAUCUGGCAAAAGAAGUUCAAAGUGGAUAACCGGUUUCACUAUGAUGUCAGAAUACAACAAGCUGAUGAUCGGAACAGGGGACAGAGAGAUUCAGUUUUAUGAAAUUUCCACUUUAGAGCCUUACUGCCAGAUCAGCGGCCUGGAAACUAUACCUUUAACUUUAAGCUACAGCUACAUUGGCUCUGAUAAAUGUUGUUUUCUAUGUGGAGAUAUGGAGGGAUGUGUUACCAUCAUUUUGCUGUUCCCUGCUGAGGACACCCUCAGGUUGUGGAACAGAUUACCAAAGGCUGAAAAUGUGCCUAAUAUUGCUAUUAAAAAUGCUGUGCUUUCCAAAAACGUGACAUUUGUCAGAUGGAAGGUUCAUCAUGACUGGGUGACACAGGUAAAAUAUUUUCAUAAUUUUCAAGCUGUUGUCUCGUCAUCAAAUGAAGAUGCCUCUUCUCUUGUUUUAGGCUGUAUGCUGCCUUCAACAGAUUCUGCACAGCAGCUUAGGGAGAUCAGAGAGGCGUGCUACGAGGGUAAAAACAGGAAGAUCCAGCUAAGCUGGACUCCACAUGUCCGCGCAUCCGGGGAUCAGACCAUUUUUUCUAUCUACAAAGGUGUGAAGGCUUUUGACCUUUGUCAGAAGCACAGUUUGCUGGUGACCGGCGGCAUGGACAGACUCAUACGCCUGUGGAACCCAUAUUUCUCAGAAAAACCCACUGGUAUUUUAAAAGGCCACUCUGCUCCCAUUUUCUCCCUCUUCAUCUCAUCAGAGGAUGGUCGGAUCUUUUCUAUCUCCAGGGACAACACUGUGAAGAUUUGGCACAUUGAAGAUCAGUGUUGCCUGUUCACAGCCGACCCCACAGCCAGCGGGAUUCAUGGCGAUGUAUCUGCAUGCUCCUAUUCCCCUGCCAUGAGAUCUCUGUACAUCGCAGCAGACUGCAUAGCUGUUCUCCCCUUGAUGUUGAGGCCAAAACCUCACAGUGGCAUCUCUGUUUCUCAUGAUGAGGCUGUAAUGUGCUGUGGCUACAGCGAGGAGUUCCGGCAGGUUGUGAGCUGCAGCGAGGAGGCUGUGGUGAAAGUCUGGGAUUUUGAUACUGGGCGGCAAGUUUUUGAGUUUACUGCAACACCAGACCUGACCAGCAUCACCUGCAUGACAUUUGACAUUAAGGGAAGAAGACUCAUCACAGGAGGAAGUAAUGGAUACAUAAAGGUAUGGAACUUCAACAGUGGCCACUGUAUAAAGACAUUAAAGAAAGAGGGUAAAUGCCACCAGGUGUGUGACUGCACCUUUCUUAAAGUACAAGGAAAUUCAUAUGUGGUUGCUGUCGGAAGAGACCGAAGGAUUGACAUUUACUCAGAUUCUCCUGAGGAGCUUUAUCAUGUCCAGAGACCACAGCCUUCAUGGAAAGACGAUUUGCAAAAUGGCCAUACAGAGGACAUCCUUUGUGUGGUGCAGUGUCCUCCCUCUCUUCUGGCCACCGGCAGCUACAAUGGAGAGAUCAUAGUUUGGAACACAGAUUCUGGGUCUAUAAACUGUCGGUUUGUUGGACCUCUUUCAGCUGAAGAUCACAACACUAAAGGACUGGACACAAGUGUUCCAAGCAUGAUUUUUAUCAGAAACUUAAGACUGAUGCAGCUGUCUCCAACUACUGCUCUCCUGACAUCUGGAGUCAGAGGGUGGGUAAAUCUCUGGGAUGUGCUCAAUGGACGGAAGCUUGUGAGCAGCUUCAAAGUUUCGAAAUAUCAACAAAAAAUAACAAAACUGUACAUCACGGAGGAGAAGACACUGCUGUACGCUGCUGACAGGAUGGGUUACAUCUAUAUUUACAACAUGGAGACGUUUGACCCAGAGCAAAGGUCACCCAGAGCUGAACAUUGCUGGCGUGCCCACACCAGCUCAAUUACCAGCUUACAGAUUGUCACCAGUGAUCAAGUGGUGCUUACCUCAUCCACUGACCACACUGUGAGGCUCUGGAGUGCAUCAGGAGAAUUCAUCGGGACAUUUGGCCAGCCUGAGAUGUGGAGCAUCCAUAUUCCCUCAUCCUGGAUUCAUCCAGGUGUCCCCUAUGAGGUUCUGAUUGAUCCUCUCAGUAUGCCACAUCAUGAUAUUCUGAAGAGAAAGUCUCAUCUCUCCGAAGCCAUCAGUUCUGACGUGACUCCGACUGACAGAGGAGAACUAAAGGUGAACUGCAAUAUUUCAAAAAUGAUUACCUGAGCUCUUCCUUUUUUCGUUUCUUUUUUACUGUCACACUGCACCGAUGAUUCUUUGAAUUUCAUCAGUUACGCUGACAAUGAGGGAGAUUUAGGAGCACAUUUCACCCAGAGGAAUAGGAGUCUGGCCUGGAUUAUAACCAUUUCAAUAGAACAGACCGCUCCACACAUGUACUGCCUGUUUAACACCUGACUCAGACUAAAAGAAUGGAUUGGUAUUUGGAGGGACUGUAUUUUCUGCUUUAUUUCAGACUGUGUGAAGAAAUUGACUGGAAUACCAACAUACCAUCAAACAACUUUACCCUGAAUGGCUUCUGGACCUUGGAGCAACUAAAUACCUGUGAACCACCCAGACUCUCUCUCUGGUAUUGAUCCAUUUAUCAGCCUCAUGAGGGAACUGUAAUUAGCUGACUGAGAUGAAAACAUAUAUCAACAUAUAACAUUAUAUCAAAACUAAGAAAGUGGCUCAUUUGCAAUGUUAUGAAUCAACUUAUGUUUUGUUGUUUAACACAACUCGGAUGCGGUGGAAUAAAGCUGUGAGCGGACAAACCAAAA